AUGGAGACAGAAGAGGCAGAAGAGGUGUUCAAGGUGAGCACAGAGGACUCCAGGGGUAAGUUCCCUGCAUCAGAAAGAGAAAGGGACAAACAUCAGAGGCCUGAAAAGAAAGCAAAGAGCUGGGAGGCAGGAUGGGGUAGAGGUAAGCAGGAACAAGAAGUGGGGGUACAGACCUCCAUCCCUUCUCUCCGCAGUAACAGGCAGGGCCCCAGGGGCCGACAUCGGAACUCUCUGCUGCCCUUUCAAUGGAGAAUUACACACAGCUCCCGCUGGAUAGCGCAGGUGUUGGCAUCUGAGCUCAGCCUGGUCGCCUUCGUCCUGCUGCUGGUCAUGGUUUUUUCCAGGAAAUGGUUGUACCUCCCUGGGAGCCGCUUCUACCAGCGCUGGCCCACAGAUGUCACCAACAGAAUCUACACAUCAUCCCAUAUCAUGUCCAUGGGGCUCCUGCACAUCUGCAGAUCUAAUUCAGAGAAUGGGAAAGUAAGCUUCAUUUUCUCCACCCUCAUGUUGUUCCCCAUUAACCUUUGGAUCUUCGAGUUGGAGAGUAAUAUAUCAAUCCCCAUUGGCUGGAGCUAUUUCACUGGUUGGCUGGUGUUUGUCCUAUAUGUCACCUGUGGGAUUAUUUGCUACUUCAACCAUAAACAUUUCUGGAGUGUGAUUCUGGAAGGUCCCAGUGGCACUGUGUUCAGCAGCAGUGGUUCCAGCUCAGUAGAAAUAUCUCUGAGAAAGCAGACUGUCACAGACACCUCUAUCAUCUGGGAGGGAGUCCUGGAUCCUGAGAAAAAGAAUACACAUCUGUAGCCUUUUCUGAACUCCUGACACCAUGUUCUGCCCAUUUGUUUGAA